CACACAUACACAGACAGACACAUACAAGACAGAGUCGGAGCAGACAUGGCGGUGGUGUGAAGUGGUGGAGAUUCCCCCCCCUUCCUUUACCAACACUAGCACCCCUCCCCUUGUGCAUAAUAUCAUGCAUCUCCUUUACCUCGCUGUAAAGUGCUGAAGUGUGGUUUCGACACUCGGACACAAAGAGAGAGAAUGGCGGAUCGCAGUAUUGAUAGUCUGGUUCUUCCUCUCGAGGUGAGGGCGAAGCUGGCCGAGCUGGAUUUGGAAUUAUCCGAAGGAAGUGAUGCAAUGGAAUUUCCUAGGCAUGGCUGCGAUGAAGAAAGAAACAAUGGCAUCGCCCUAGUACCCAAACAUCCAAGUGAGCUGCACGUAAUCACUGACAACACUUUUCUUCACCUAGAUACAAAACCUAACUAUAAUGGAGACAUCACACAGAAAGGCUAUGAAAAGAAGAAAUCCAAAUUGCUGGGGGCUUACCUGCCACAACCUCCAGGAGUGGAACCGCCCUUGCCACAAGAGCGGCGAACACCCGUCACGCCAUCCUCCUCCUCCAGGUAUCAUAGACGUCGGUCGUCAGGAUCACGAGAUGAGCGGUACCGAUCAGACGUGCACACAGAGGCAGUGCAAGCCGCUCUUGCCAAACACAAAGAGAGAAAGAUGGCUGUUCCCAUGCCAUCGAAACGACGCUCACUGGUGGUACAAACAUCAAUGGAUGCUUACACACCUCCAGAUACCUCUUCUGGGUCCGAGGAUGAGGGAUCAGGGCAGGGUGACUCCCAGGGAACCCCUUCCUCCAGCCAAGGCAGCCUGAAUAUGGAACACUGGAUAAGUCGAGCAAUUCAUGGCUCCACAACAUCAUCCACCAACUCCUCCUCUUCCACGCAGAGUGGCGGAAGUAGUGCUGCUAACGCGUUGGCUGAUGUCAUGACACAAACGCGCAUCGAAAACCAUUCUGCACCUCCAGACAUCACCACUUACACCACAGAGCACUCAAUACAAGUUGAACGGCCACAAGCAUCAACACCUCGAGCAGUCCCAAAAUACGGCAAUGCUGAGCUAAUGGAAACUGGAGAUGGAGUACCAGUCAGCAGCCGAGUCUCUGCAAAGAUCCAGCAACUUGUGAACACUUUGAAACGGCCAAAGCGCCCGCCGUUACGAGAAUUCUUUGUUGACGAUUUUGAAGAACUAUUGGAAGUUCAACAGCCAGACCCUAACCAGCCGAGACCAGAGGGAGCACAGAUGUUGGCCAUUCGGGGAGAGCAGCUUGGUGUGGUAACUAAUUGGCCACCCUCUCUUGAAGCAGCUCUUCAGCGCUGGGGUACCAUCUCUCCAAAAGCACCUUGCCUGACAACCAUGGACACAAAUGGAAAACCUCUUUACAUUCUUACAUACGGGAAGCUGUGGACAAGAAGUAUGAAAGUGGCCUACAACAUCCUGCAUAAACUGGGCACCAAGCAGGAACCAAUGGUCAGGCCUGGAGAUCGGGUAGCCCUUGUUUUUCCGAACAACGAUCCUGCUGCCUUUAUGGUUGCUUUCUAUGGCUGCCUAUUGGCAGAGGUAGUUCCUGUUCCAAUUGAAGUGCCCCUGACAAGAAAGGAUGCUGGAAGCCAACAAAUUGGUUUUCUUUUGGGAAGUUGUGGGGUUACUGUAGCACUGACCAGUGAUGCUUGCCAUAAAGGUUUGCCUAAAAGUCCAACAGGCGAGAUUCUCCAGUUUAAAGGUUGGCCACGGUUGCUGUGGUUUGUAACAGAAUCUAAGCACCUGUCUAAGCCUCCACGGGACUGGUUCCCUCAUAUCAAGGAUGCAAACAAUGACACUGCAUACAUUGAGUACAAGACCUGUAAGGAUGGCAGCGUGUUAGGCGUCACUGUGACCAGAAUUGCACUCCUGACCCAUUGUCAGGCUCUGACUCAGGCUUGUGCAUACACAGAAGCGGAAACCAUUGUGAAUGUAUUGGAUUUUAAGAAAGAUGUUGGUUUGUGGCAUGGUAUUCUUACGAGUGUUAUGAACAUGAUGCAUGUAAUCAGUAUCCCAUAUUCAUUAAUGAAGGUGAAUCCCCUAUCAUGGAUACAGAAAGUCUAUGCAUAUAAGGCCAAAGUAGCUUGUGUGAAGUCCAGGGAUAUGCACUGGGCUUUGGUAGCACACAGAGACCAACGAGAUAUCAACCUCACCUCACUGCGGAUGCUUAUUGUAGCAGAUGGAGCCAACCCUUGGUCUAUUUCUUCCUGUGAUGCAUUCCUGAAUGUCUUCCAAAGCAAAGGAUUGCGCCCUGAAGUAAUAUGUCCUUGUGCCAGUUCCCCUGAAGCUCUUACUGUAGCUAUCCGCAGGCCGACCGAUGAUACCAACCAGCCUCCUGGUCGAGGCGUUCUCUCCAUGCAUGGUUUGAGCUAUGGGGUGAUAAGAGUGGACUCUGAAGAAAAGCUGUCUGUUCUGACUGUGCAAGAUGUUGGAAUGGUGAUGCCUGGAGCUGUGAUGUGUGUUGUCAGACCGGAAGGAAUCCCGUUGCUCUGUAGAACUGAUGAAAUUGGGGAGCUCUGUGUCUGUUCCAUCGCUGCGGGCAUGUCCUACUACGGUCUAUCAGGGAUGACAAAGAACACCUUUGAGAUGUUUCCCAUGAUGAGCUCAGGAGCUCCGGUCAGUGAAUAUCCUUUCGUCCGAACUGGACUCUUGGGCUUCGUUGGCCCUGGUGGAAUGGUGUUUGUGGUGGGAAAAAUGGACGGUCUGAUGGUUGUCAGUGGGCGGCGACACAAUGCAGAUGACAUUGUGGCAACGGCACUUGCAGUGGAACCAAUGAAGUUUGUCUACAGAGGAAGAAUAGCUGUGUUUUCUAUAAAUGUUUUGCAUGAUGAGAGGAUCGUAAUCAUUGCUGAGCAGAGACCAGAUUCUACUGAGGAGGAUAGCUUUCAGUGGAUGAGUAGAGUCCUUCAGGCAAUCGACGGUAUUCAUCAAGUAGGGGUUUACUGCUUGGCUCUGGUACCAGCUAAUACUCUUCCAAAAACUCCUCUGGGUGGUAUACACCUCUCUGAAACCAAACAGUGCUUUUUAGAAGGUUCUCUCCAUCCUUGCAAUGUGUUAAUGUGUCCACACACGUGCGUAACAAAUCUGCCCAAACCAAGGCAGAAACAACCAGAGAUCGGCCCUGCUUCGGUAAUGGUGGGAAAUCUGGUAUCAGGAAAGAGAAUCGCCCAGGCCAGUGGAAGGGAUUUGGGGCAGAUUGAAGACAAUGACCAAGGUAGAAAGUUUAUGUUUCUGGCUGAAGUUCUACAAUGGCGUGCACAAACUACUCCUGACCAUGUGCUUUUCACACUACUGAACUCUAGGGGGACAAUAGCCAAUUCUUUAACAUGCCUUCAGCUGCAUAAACGAGCAGAGAAAAUAGCAGUUAUGCUGAUGGAGAGAGGACACUUACAGGACGGAGAUCAUGUGGCUUUGGUAUAUCCGCCAGGGAUAGACUUAAUUGCAGCAUUUUAUGGAUGCCUGUAUGCAGGUUGUGUGCCAAUAACUGUUCGACCUCCACAUCCACAGAAUAUUGCGACCACGUUACCCACAGUGAAGAUGAUAGUGGAGGUCAGCCGGUCAGCAUGCAUUAUGACGUCACAAUUGAUUGUCAAACUUCUAAGAUCGAGAGAAGCAGGGGCAGCUGUUGAUGUAAGAACGUGGCCUCCUGUUCUAGACACAGAUGAUUUGCCAAAGAGACGGCCUUCCCAAAUUUACAAACCCUCAAACCCCGACACUUUGGCCUACCUUGAUUUUAGUGUAUCUACAACAGGAAUGCUGGCAGGGGUGAAGAAAAACUACUGCUGGGAGGUUGAAGACUCUUACACAGGAGCACCUGGCAUAUAUACACAAGCCUUGCCCUCUAUUUCCAUCAAUCAGUUCACUCAUAAUAUGUCCCAUGCAGCAACCAGUGCCUUGUGUCGAUCAAUUAAGCUGCAGUGUGAGCUCUAUCCAUCCCGAGAAGUAGCAAUCUGCUUGGACCCAUAUUGCGGACUUGGAUUUGUUCUUUGGUGCCUCUGCAGUGUCUACUCAGGGCAUCAGUCCAUCCUAAUUCCACCAUCGGAGUUGGAGAUAAACCCUUCGCUAUGGCUCCUUGCUGUCAGUCAGUACAAAGUCCGAGACACUUUCUGCUCCUACUCUGUCAUGGAACUGUGCACAAAGGGGCUUGGCUCGCAAACGGAAUCGCUCAAGACCAGAGGAUUGGAUCUGUCUCGUGUGCGGACAUGUGUCGUCGUUGCAGAAGAGCGCCCUCGAAUAGCGCUUACUCAAUCGUUCUCCAAGUUAUUUAAAGACCUGAACCUCAACCCAAGAGCAGUUAGCACAUCAUUUGGCUGCAGAGUGAAUCUUGCAAUAUGCCUUCAGGGUACGUCGGGACCAGAUCCCACGACCGUUUACGUGGAUAUGAGAGCUCUACGGCAUGACAGGGUCCGCUUAGUGGAACGAGGAUCUCCUCACAGCCUGCCACUAAUGGAAUCCGGAAAAAUCCUGCCUGGAGUCAGAAUAAUCAUUGCCAACCCUGAAACAAAAGGGCCGCUGGGGGACUCCCACCUUGGAGAGAUUUGGGUUCACAGUGCUCAUAAUGCGAGUGGAUAUUUCACCAUUUAUGGAGAUGAAUCUCUUCAGUCAGAUCAUUUCAACUCCCGCCUCAGCUUUGGAGAUACGCAAACAGUCUGGGCUCGGACAGGUUACUUGGGAUUUCUCAGACGGACGGAUCUUACUGAUGCCAACGGAGAACGCCAUGAUGCAUUAUAUGUUGUGGGUGCGUUGGAUGAAGCAAUGGAGUUGCGAGGAAUGAGGUAUCACCCCAUUGAUAUCGAAACGUCUGUGAUUCGUGCUCACAAAAGCAUCACUGAGUGUGCGGUGUUUACCUGGACAAAUCUUUUGGUGGUCGUUGUGGAACUGGAUGGAUCGGAGCAAGAGGCUUUGGACCUUGUUCCUCUGGUCACUAAUGUUGUUCUGGAGGAACAUUACCUUAUUGUAGGAGUUGUAGUUGUGGUUGAUGUCGGAGUGAUCCCAAUAAACUCUCGUGGAGAAAAGCAACGCAUGCAUCUAAGGGAUGGGUUUUUGGCAGACCAACUCGAUCCUAUCUAUGUGGCCUACAACAUGUAGCCUCUUGCUUAAGGCUUCCUUUAACUAUGUGUGUGUGUACAUAUGUAAAAAGAAUUCUUGGUGUUCACCACAAAAUGUGCAGAAACCAAAAGACAAGUAGCCACUCCAGAGGGGCCUUUCUGCACACGCAAGCACUAGUGACUCGUCACAAAGAUGUGAAACUUUCCUUUGUACCACAAAGACAAUGAUUAGUACACAGCCCUUUGAAGGUCAAAAUCCCGUCAUGGAACUGUUUUUUGCUUGUUGGUUGAUUAACUGCUUUUAAAGUAAGUGUACUAUCUGCGCUCUGUAUUUUUAAGUUAUAUCAGCUGAAGUUGCUUACGUUUUUUAAUCUGCCCUCUAAGGGGGUGCUUUUUAUGUAUUCACAUACUGUGGCAAAAGCAAGUAUUUUAGGUUGUUGAUUCUUGAGAUUUGGUCAAAAAUUGUCGGAAAAAAAAAGUUGUAAACAAGGAACCUUCUACCUAGGGAUGACUGACUGAAGAUAUUUUAUUCCUCCUUUUUUUCUUGUAUGUCUGGUAUUUGAUAUUAAGAGGUACGAGAGUAAAAUCUACCCUAUCGGCACCUUAAAAGUUGCAACCAAGUCAUGAGUCCCUCUUAAACCGGGGCUCGAGGAAACCGUGCAAGGGCAAUCAGGAGGAGUCUGCUACCUAACAACAGGGGUGUAGAUUGCAGAUGUAUCCAAUAAAAGGGUUCGAAUACGUUUUCAUGGUGAUGAUUAUCAUUGUACUACAAAAAAAAGGAGAAAACUACCGAGUAACUUCAUAUCGUGUAAUUAUGUACAAAACAGUUUUAAUUUAUUUUGUUCUUUAGAAGUAUAUUAAGAGAGAGACAUUUGAGAAUGUUUUACUCUUUUAAAUGUUUGCUAUUAAGAGGCAAAGUGUUGCAUUAUUUUAUGUGGAUAGCUGCACAUCUGCACACUAUAUUCGAGGUAACUCAUCAGAUCUAUGGUUUUACCAAUUGAAGAAAUAUUGAGAAAAGCAGUAAUUCUGACUUGCAUGGUGUCCCAGUUUUUAAAUGAACAUAAGGUUGUGUUAUUCACUCGGUCCACCUCAGAGGUGCAAUAAUCUCAGCACAUGACGUGGCGUCACGCAAGCACCUUCCAUCGGAAGAUAAGAGUUUGUGAAAAGAUCUGUGGACAUCUUUAUGCUUGUGAAUUAACUGAAGUUUAAAGUGCACUAAAAUAUUUUAAAAAAUCAAUAAAAAAAUUGUAUUGUGCCAGAUUGGCUGGUGUUCAUUAAUAACUUUGUGUUCGCAUGUGCACACAUACACUGACAUUUGUUAGACUCUCCACACGUGGCAGGUUACACAGAGUAGAUUGUGUGGUUGUCAGGAUGUGCAUGUUCUAUCCUGUGUGUUUCAGAGUCCAAGCUAUUUAUGAUAGUUUCAAACUUUCUACUGCUGCUAAUCAUGUUUAUAAUUAGACUUUUUCUUAACCUGUUACGGGAUAUUAAGAAAAAAGUUAAGAAAUUAAAUAACUGCAAAAGAGCCAUUUUUCAAGUAAAUCUUUUUAAUUAUAGAAACUUAUGCACAAGAAAUGGUGUUAAUUUUUUUUUACAGUUAAAAUCUUUACAACAAUGUAAAACUUUUAAAACAAAAAUAUUUGCAAUAAAAUGUCAGAAACUUAAUUUUUAUCUGUCUAAUAAGAUGCAGCAUGCACACAAAAUGGUGGCUGGCACCUUUGCUGUUACUCCAUUUUGUCAUAACCCUAUGUUUUAUUAAAGGUCAUUUGCCAUGUGUCAAGCCAAAUGUUCUCCUGCAUGCUUCAGGUUAAGAGAACGAAUCUGGUCGACAGUCGGUUUCUUUGCGCUCUUGGAAGUAUUGCUGGGCUUGCAAUUAACUGGUAAGAAGUGCUGGAUAAGCAGGGACAAGUUGACAACAUUUAAAAAAUUCAUUCAAAUGCUGAAUUGUGUUCUGACAGCAGCAUUGUGGAAGCUUGAUAGAAGAUUUGCAUGUCUAGAGUGGUAGGCUGCCUGGAGCUGCCCAGUUGGGUAUGAAGCUCCGAUUACUGCCUUAAUGAGUGACUGAACCCUUGCAUGUUGAAUAUCGUCCAGUGUUUGAAAACGGUGUUUGCCGUUACUGGGGAACAACCUAAAGUGAAUUAUAUACUAGUCCCAGUCCCACAGAACCAAAUCCAGCACAUUAGGUAAUAUCACCUUAGCUACAUUUAUUUUUGAUGCCAGGUUUGUUGUAUCCUCUGCUACCUGCCAUUUGUAAAGAGAGUCUAACAUUUACUAUUUGUAGUAAAGUAGGUUUCUUGUUCUGUUGUGAGAGUGGAAGAAGCAACCAUCCAGAGUCCCAGCAGACUCAGCAAUAAAGAAGGCUUGUCCCGUAUUAGAAAACUUAUUGUAGAUAAACCAUGCAUUAGAAUGUAUAAAAAAAACUGUUUGUCUUGUGAUCUAGUGCUUUGAAGUAAAAGAAAACCAUGUAAUCAAACGAUGCACAUGCACAAAAAUGGAAGGUACAUGAAGAUCAUACAAUAUCAGAAAUAGGAUCAGAUUCCUCACGGUGCUUGUUAUUAUUAUCCUGCUUGACACUUUACCCAAGGGAGGACUGUCCCUUUAUCAGUUGAAUGUUGGCAGCGUUCAGUCAUAAGGUCUAGUGACUGGUAGAGAAUGUCAUGUACUCAACCAAUCAGAAUGGAUUUUACUGUGCAAAGGACAGCAAUCUUUCUUGUAUGUUAAACCACCAGUACGCUUUGUACAUCUGUGAUAACGCCUGUUUUAUAUUCAAAUGAACAAAUAAAAGCUUUUAUUUUUGUUGCUCUGAAAACAAUUCAUCUGUCUUCAUUCAACACUCUAAAUUUCCUCAUAAUGGGCUUAAUUAGCUUAUACUCUUGUACUCUUCAAUUUGCUUUCUUGAGAUUAGACAAGAACCUUUGGCAGCAGAGUCCUGAUGGUUAUUGCUCUGCCUGAAUGCAAGAUCUGCAGAAUGACAUUUAUUUUAGGAAAUAGGCACCAUAAAAUCAGAGAUGGCAAAACAUACAUAUAGUCUGGUACAACAGAUAAUAUCAAAUUGGUUCUAAAAGCUAGUAGUUAAAUUGACCAGUCCUCUGAAUAUAUAUCCAAACCAUAAUUAAUUUUUCAAUCACACUUUGUCUUAAUAAAAGUUGAUUUAUAUGUAAUGCAAUUAAAUUUGAAUGGCCUGUACACCUUCCUUCUGUAAGGUUGUUUCUGUUUUCUGGUUCUAGACAUUAAGGGGAUUGAACAUUUAUCAGGGUAAUUUGUGUACUGUUAUCAAAUUUUAUUUAAUUGGGAUGCUGCAUAAAAAAGACUAUUAUAUACAGUAAACUAUAUACAGUCUUCAGAGUUGAGGUGUUGGUUUCAAUAAAUGAUCCAACAAAACCUUCAGUUCUUUCUCCUGUGUUGUCCUUUUGGUUUUGUUCCCAGCCUCUGAUCUCAAUGCCAUGCAUCUGUUUCAUUCAGUGCACAUGCUUGUCACCCUCCCACCUUUCUGGAUUCUCUUUAAUGAGAUACAGCAAGGUUAAAAUCUUCCUUAAACUUCCUUCUGUAGAUCUGGUCUGAGGUGUAGAAAGAAACAUCUGAAAGUUGUGUUUGCACUGCAAGUAACAACAGUCCCAUCUUCGGCACACCGAUGGCUUCAGUCACAGUGAACCUUCCUUCCAGUUCAGGACAUUUUUAUUCCCAGACAGAACCUGGCCUGUUGUUUCCAGCAUUACUCCUACAGCCUUUUGUUAAGGUUAGAUGUAGGGUUGUGUGCCAUCGGAACCUUGGGCACCAGUUCUGUUUUGUAAUGUUUCACUUCUGAUCAAGGACUGAUUGGUUGAUUUUACUGAACUUUCGUGAAGUCUGCUUCUACAUUUAAAGUGCCCUGUUUGCCUUUUAAUUUCCUAUCACUCUCUGUCAAAUCUGAGAUUUCUAUUUCAAUACUUCCUCUGUUCAAAGUGCUGGGGAGAUUGAUUUGAUAAUCAUCUGAGCACACAGUCGUGUGUUAGUAUAUUUGUGAUUCCUUCAAUAAUUUACCACUUUGCUUUUAAGAUCUAUAAAUACACUAACAUCCUCAUUUUUGCCUGCAGCCUGCAGCUGUAGUUAAAGAAACACGACAUUUCUUUCAAUGUUUUCUUCACUUUUGAUAUUUUCAGAUUUUAAGAAACUGGUUAGGAGAAUUAUAAAAUAAAAAAUGGAAUAUUAAUCAAAACAUCUACAACCAGUAAAUUGCUUUAACUAGAAGUUUAAGGCUAAAAAAACUCAUUGCUAUUGGUGUUAAAUCUUCACAGUCACUGGAUAGGUUUUGAUUCUCUAUUUCUGACACAGAGGUGUAUUUGUUGCUGUGAGAAACUGGCAAUAUUACAUACACUAGAAAGAAAUAAGUUAAUUACAUUGGAGCAAACUGGGUGAAGGUGGCAGAUCCCCUUCCUGGAGGGGAAUGAACCAGUUUGAUUUUGAUUUUAAAAAGCAGUUUGCAAUUAUCAUUUUCGCCAGCAAACUCACAGUCAAUUUUUUGUGUUUUUCUUCACAACCUGUCAUUCGUUUAACAGCCAACCGCUGGAUACUGGUCCAAUAUCAUAAACUCUGCAGUGUUGUUUCGGUAUGAGCGACACACAAGUGAAGUUAGUUUAUUUUGCCUUUGUAAACUAUAUUUUCAGAAUUGGAAUUGUACAGUAUUUGGAUUACAUUUGUGUCUUUUUAUGAAUAAAAGUUUU